AUGAAGCUGAACCCAGAGAAAUGUGCCUUUUGCGUUGCCUCAGAUUUCGAAGCAUAUCUGUCAAAACUGCCUCUGUUGUCAAAGCCAAGGGAUGAUGAGAUUACUCAUCUAUUUUGUCGUAUCAGAAGUGGCAGUAAGCGCAGUAUUGAAAGAUUAGCUAAAUGGGCAAUAGAACUUAGUGAAUAUGAUAUUAUUUAUCAGACUCGAACUGCCAUAAAGUCCUAUGUACUAGCAGAUUUCAUAGCAGCUUUCAGUUCGAGCUUACUUCUUGAAGCUGAAAAUGAGGUACAGAUAAUUACCGAAUCUAAUCUGGGGACUUGGACAUUAUAUACUGAUGGAUCCUCAAAUGUAAAAAAAGCAGCUUUGGAUAAUGUCUUAAUUUCACCUUUAGGAGAAAUUAUUAGGCAAGCAAUAAAAUGUUACCCUAUUACUAAUAAAGAAGCUGAAUAUGAGUCGGUGAUUACAUGUUUGGAAUCUGCAAACGAGAUGGGGAUUGAUCAAGUUGAAAUCAAAAGAGAUUCACAACUUGUGGUAAAUCAAAUGCAAGAGAAUUACGUAUCUAGAGAAACACAUAUGCAACAAUAUUUGAAAAAGGUGCGGGAAUUAUUAUGUCAGUUCCAAGUAUGGAAAGCUAUUAAAAUACCAAGAGAGGAGAAUGUGGAGGCUGAUGCAUUAGCAAAUAUGGAAUCAGUAGCCGAUGUGUCAAAUACGAAAAAUGUAAUCGUGAUGCACCUAUUCCAGUCAGCGCUCGAUCAAUCAGGAAUGAGAUUUCAACAAUUUAACAUGGGAUUAGAGAAAUAA